AUGCCUGAAAAAAGUCGUCAAUUAUUACCGGAUGGCAGAAUUAUCACUCACUUUGAAAGAUCUUUGAAGAUGUCUCCUUACCUUCCUUGCGUAGCAGUAGCUGAUUACCAGGCUAUAAAAAAUCAACAUGGGAACAUAACAUUCUAUAGCUUAGAAAAUAAUUUAGAUUCACUGAAAUUAGCGCUAGAAAUCAGUGAAAAAGUUAUUCCGGCAAUGGAAGCUUAUACUGAUAUGCCGUAUGCCAUGCCAAAGUUA